GUUUGACAGGGUACUUACACAAGUAAGCACUUGUUUAAGGCCUGGGACAAGUGCGACUCGGACUGUCACUCGUUGUCAUCCGUCGUGGACAUUUGCGUGUCUCCGGUCGUCGAGGACACAACCCAAACUCGAAAUCUAACUCUACACGCGGAUUGCGACUAUAUCAGUGCAUUUAUAACUUGGCCAGUGUUUGUUUAGUUGCCUAACUUAAAUCGGAACAUUUUUAAACUUAGAGUGAUGGCGUUUGAAGACCGGUCAAGUCCUAACACGGCAACCAGCCCCAAUUCAGACAUCAACCAUCAACACCACAACACUCCGAAUUCACCAGAAUCUACAAGGACAUCACCAUUUACCUGUACCAUGAUUUCUAAGACUCAUCAGACUUAUAUCUCACCUCCUGCUUCACCAGUUUCACGAAGAGGUUUGGCUUUUGAUUCUGUGAACACUCCAAGUGUGAAAAUUGAACAACAGGAGAAGACCUUUUUGAGAAUCACUUCCUAUGCUCUACCAAGUCCCAAACAUGAAGAGGACACUUCCUCGAGAUACAGCCAUUCGGAAGCUUCAAGUUCACCACCUCCUGAUGAUGAGGAACCCACGAUACAGACUCUGAAGUAUUCCAUUACUAAUAUUCUACAACCUGAUUUUGGAAAGUCUGCGGUCUUGAGGACCAAAGUUACUCCAAAGAUUGCCUUCAAACCCUAUGAAUCUGAUGUGAAACCAUUCGAUAGAGCCCCAUUGGGGAGUCUGUGUCAUGCUGUGUCUAGAAUUGGUAAGAGUACGAAUAUCAAAAGCCCGGAACCAAUUCCUCCUCCGAGGAAAUCACCAAGUCCAGCUACACCUAUACUGCCCUCACCGGAGGAGUUGACCAAAGCGAAGAGUGAUGACUCUAGUGUUCCACAACUUUGGCCGGCAUGGGUCUACUGCACGAGAUACUCGGACAGACCUAGUUCAGGUCCACGAUCAAGACGUAUGAAGAAACCGAGCACUGGUCCGAAAUCCAACGAAGAUAAACGUCCGCGGACAGCGUUUUCCGGCGCACAAUUAGCCCGUCUUAAACAAGAGUUUGCCGAAAAUCGUUACCUCACCGAACGCCGCCGUCAGCAACUCUCCGCUGAGUUGGGUCUGAACGAAGCGCAGAUCAAAAUUUGGUUCCAAAACAAACGCGCGAAGAUCAAAAAAUCCAACGGGCAGAAAAACCCGCUCGCGAUUCAAUUAAUGGCGCAAGGAUUAUACAAUCAUACAACUGUCGCGUGUGAUGAGGACGAUAUGCCUAUCACAACGUAAAAUCAUUCAAAAUAACAUAAAUAAUUAAAUUAAUAAAAAGCCAAAUAUUGAUUUGAAUUAAAAUUGAAUUUAAAUUGAAGAUCUCAGAUAAAAAUGCCAGAAAAAAUUAAAUUAUGACGAUUCAAAGGGUGAGAAAUGUACAAAAGGAAACGCUUAAUAUUAUAAAUAUUGUUGUAGACAUUUUGAGAUGUUUAGAGCUUUCGUUGUUUUGUUUAAACUCGUAUUAUUUUGUUAAAUAGUUGUAAAAAAUCACACACGAUUCACCGAGUGGAAUACAGUUCAGCAGUCACUUUGUACUAAAAAUAGACUGAUUCAUUUUAAUUAUAUUUAAAUAAUUACCUACAUCAAAGGUGGCUCAUGUUUUCACUCGACUCUUAUUGAAUAUUGCAAUAUUUCAAUUUAACACCUAAUCAAACGUAUCGGAUUCAGAUUAAUCGAAUAAUUCACAAAUUUUUGGUAAAUAAAACUGAAUAUUCUACUAUAAUAGUGAUAAGAAUAAUUCAUGCGUGUUUCGCUGUGAAUUAAUAACGUGCAAUGCUUCUUCUUCCCAUCACAUGCGUACGUAUGCUAGAUAUGGUUAUUUAAUGUACAUACUACUUUGAUAUACUUAUACAUGCUUAAGUUGUAUUGAUAAGAAAUGUAUUGUGUUAUUAUUGUAUUUCUAUCGCAUAUGAUUGUGUGGAUGACUGAAUGACUGAUCAGAUUUAAAGUGUAUAUAAUAAAGUACUAAAUAUUACAUUAAAAAA